AUGUCUCAGCCGCUUGCAGGGUUCGCUUGUGGUAGUCCCGAGAAAGCUGCCAGCAGCCCUGCCCCUCCAGCGGCGGGCCAUAAAAGAGUUCCGGUCAUUUUGGGGCCUCCAUCGCGCACUGUCGGGGGGAACACUCUGGGCGUUGCGGCUGGGUUCGAGCUGGUUACUGCACCUGCCAGCGAGAAACACUGUGUCGUCCAAGGUGCUGUGGCGACUGGUGGCCAGAGACCUGAGCCGAGAAUGCACCAGCUAGGCAUAUCGACGGCGGGGCCUGAGCCCAUGGUGCGUGCUGCUGAUUUUGGGGAAGGGGAAUCGGAGCGUACAGCAGCCACUGGUGGCCGUGCGCGGACGUCCAAGUGGACUGGAGUACGGUUGGAACCGGCCAGCGGUAAGUGGCAGGCUGCCAUUGGACUAGAGAAGGGUAGGUCAUACUCCACUCCGUUGGGAUCAUGGGACACCGAGAUUGACGCCGCAGAUGCAUAUGCUGCUGCUGCCGCGGUGUUACGGAAGGACUGGGGUCCCCCCCGCGGGCAUAUGAUCAAGCUUAAGCUUGAGGACCGGGCCAUUAUUGAGCACAUGACACAUGCUGAUGGGACUGCGCUAUUGAAGGCCAGAGCGUGGCACAAUUGGUGCUCAUGGCACCGUGAGCUGUAUCCUUCAGCAGUCCUUGCAGAGACCACAGUGGGACUCCCCUUGCCUUCGUCUGCAGAGCAUGCUGCUGCGGAUGGAGUUGCAGCAGCGGCGGAUGUGAGAGGUGUAGAUGUGGCGGACGAUAUGCCACGGGAUGAUGUUGUAGCUGCCGAGGCAGUUCUUUGUUUUUGUCGUGGGCCAAUGUUUGGGUUGAGUUAG